AUGCUCGAGUAUCAGGAGUCCGGAAUGAAAACAACAUCAGGUCAUCGGAUUUCCUUUUCGAUUAUUGACAUAUUGGAUCCUAAAAAGUUCACAAGUAAAAAAACACAUGCCGUGUCGGAGAAAGAACGGACGUUACCUUCAGAAAACACAGAAUUUGGAAGUUUGGAAGAACGGCACAACGGGAAAGAAAGUCCUGGGCAAGAGGAAUCGCUUUCCAUCUGCAAAAAUAUAGGUGAUCGAUCAACUGAUGACCAUCAAAGUUGCGUCAGACUCCAUCCUCCUGAUCCAGAUGUUGACUUGGACUCAUCAGCCUCGCUCAGAAAUUUAAGAUCGGGCUUUUCUCCUUGUGAAGAUCCGGAUGAGGCAGGUGAAGAGCGAACCGUUCCAGCGCCGGAUGAUCUUUCGCGUCAGCGGCGGCGUCGCUCCGAUCACAGCUGCGCGAAGCCGCGACGCGCCAGAACCGCCUUCACAUACGAACAGCUGGUGGCUCUGGAGAACAAAUUCCGCGCUACGCGUUAUUUAUCCGUAUGCGAGCGACUAAAUCUCGCGCUGUCUCUGAGUCUAACCGAAACCCAAGUCAAGAUUUGGUUCCAGAACCGAAGAACCAAGUGGAAAAAGCAGAACCCUGGUGCUGAGAGUUCCCUGCAACCCGGCACGAACAUCAGCCCGACCUGUGGGUCCACAACUGCCCUCCACCCUCCAUUCAGCACCGGGAACGUCAUCUUUCAUUCUGGCCCAGUGCACCUGGCAUCUUCCGGUGGGCUUUUGCAUCCGUUUUUGCCCGAUGGUUUUCUCCAGCCAGCAUUCUUCCCACCACACUUAUGA